UAUGUCUCCCUCGGCAACUUUCUCCAGGGACAGCAUCCUCCCGGGGAAGAUCAUCAAAGUGUGUUUCCUUAGCAACAGCUGCAACCUUGGGAAGAACUUCAAACUGGUCCGCUGUGAGGAGGGGUGGACCGUCAAGGAUGUCAUGAGCGUGGUGCUGUCCAGUGGCUGUGUGGGUCCUAGACAUAUUAUUCAGCUCCUCUUAUGGCCUCCUCCUCAAACACCUCAAGUCCUCAGUGAAACACUGGCUGCACCCGGACCUGACGGUGUCUGAACUCACCCAGCGCUACGAACAGCAGCACCUCGAGGCUGAGUGGAGAUAUGAUCUGAGGAUCAGAUACAUCCCAUCUGACUUCAUGGAGAAAUUCAAAGAUGAACAGAACCACGAUGCACUACUUCUACCAGCAGGUACGAAGUGACUACAUGCAGCACUAUGCCUCAAAAGUCAGCGAUGGGAUGGCGCUACAGCUUGGUUGUCUGGAAAUUAGGAGAUUCUACAAAGACAUGAAUGCAAACGGACUGGAGAAGAAGUCCAACUAUGAACUGUUAGAGAAGGAUGUGGGACUGGACCUGUUCUUUCCCAGAGAGCUGAUCCAAAGCAUGAAGCCCAAGCAGUUACGUCGGCUGAUCCAGCAGACGUUUCGGGGAUACUCCGCUCUGAAGCAGGACCUGUGCAUCAUCAGGUUCUUCUCCACUCUGGCUCAGUGCUACAGCUACACACAGGAGAGCUUCGUAUGCCAGCUAGUGCAUGGCUGGAACCUAACAAUAGACCUGGUCAUCGGCCCUGAAGGCAUCAGCCAGCAAACUGAGAACUCCACGCCCGUCUGUUUGGCCACGUUCUCACAGGUGCGCAGUAUCUCCUGCUCUGCUGAGAGUGACGGCCGGGCUCUGCUCACUGUUCACAUAGAGGGAGCCAAACAGCCGCUGUCAGUGAACACCUCCUCCCUGGCUGAGGCAGAAAACAUGGCCGACCUGAUAGACGGCUACUGCCGGCUGGAAUGCAGCUCUGCGAGCUCGCUCAUUAUCCGGCCCUACAAAGGGAGAGACGCAAGACUGAAAUUACCUGACAUCCCAAAACAUGGUGGUCCCAGUGCUUCUAAUAGAGGCUUGAGUUCGGACAUUUAUGCUGAGAUUCCAGACGGCGCAGCAGACUCUGCCGAGAAGCACAGGAUCUCCAGAGACGACGUUGUUGUGGGUCAGAUCCUGGGGGAGGGAUUCUUCGGAGAGGUCCACGAUGGAGUUUAUAAAAGCCCAACUGGAGAGAGGAUCUGCGUGGCCAUCAAAACCUGUAAGGACUGUGCGGCUGACGUAAAGGAGAAGUUUCUCAGUGAAGCUGGCUUGAUGAAAAACCUGGAUCAUCCCCACAUUGUGAGUCUGAUCGGAGUCAUCGAGGUGGAUCCUGUGUGGAUCGUCAUGGAGCUCCUUGAACAUGGAGAGCUGGGGAACUAUCUCGAGGAGAAGCAGUACAUCCUCACCAUGCCAACAUUAAUACUGUACAGUCUACAAAUCAGCAAAGCCUUGGCGUACCUGGAAGGACUCAAUAUGGUGCACAGAGAUAUUGCCGUGAGAAAUGUCUUGGUGGCAUCGGAUGAAUGCGUCAAGCUUGGUGACUUUGGCCUGUCUCGCUACGUUGAUGACCAAGAGUAUUAUAAAGCCUCGGUUAGUCGAUUGCCGAUCAAAUGGAUGGCACCUGAGUCCAUCAACUUCAGACGCUUCACCACAGCGAGUGAUGUCUGGAUGUUUGGCGUGUGUGUGUGGGAGAUCUUCUCGGUGGCCCAGCAGCCGUUUUUCUGGCUGGAAAACGGGCAGGUGAUCAACCAGCUGGAGUUGGGAGUUCGACUCUCCAAACCGCAGCAUUGCCCACCCAGCAUCCACUCCCUGCUCACCCGCUGCUGGGCCUACGAGCCGCGCGGCCGGCCAACCUUCAGCCAGCUCGUCUGCUCCCUGAGCGACAUCCACAGGAUGGAGUUGGAGCAGAACGUGAGUCGAGGCAGAUCACCCUCCAUCACCUCAACAUUUGACCUUAAAAACCAGACAGAGCCUCCACCCAAGCCAUCCAGACUACAAGGCAACACCCUUCCUCGAGUCACGCACCCACAGAAAACAAACAUGGAUACUAGGCCGGUGUGGGAGAAAGAGCAAAUGGAGGACACUUUACAAAGACAAAGAAGAGAGAUGCUGAUGGAUAAACAGUGGCUGGAGCAGGAGGAGAGACAACUGGACCCUGUCGUGCGAGUAGAUUCACACAUCAAGCCUCCUGAAAAAAGCCCAGAAAAUGGUCCUCCAGAGAAGCCCCCAAUGCCCACAGUCGCACAGCCGUUGCCCACCGCUGAGAUGGACCGAUCAGGUGACCAGGUUUACACCGGCGUCAUGGCGAUUGUGAAACGAGUGGUCCAGCUGAAGAAUGACGUCAAUGCACUGCCCGCCUCAGAGUAUCCCAACGCUGUCAAAGCGGUGGGCAUCCCUCUCCGAAGCCUGAUCCAAAGUGUGGAUGAGAUCCUGCCCUCCCUGCACAGCUCUGUCACAACAGAGAUCGAGGGCACUAUGAAACUGCUGAACAAGGAUUUAGGGGAGCUGAUCAACAAGAUGCGACUGGCCCAGCAGAACUCGAUAACAUCGCUGAAGGAGGAAUGUCAGCGGCAGAUGUUGGCAGCCGCUCACACUCUGGCAAUGGACUCCAAAAACCUGCUGGAUGCUGUGGAUCAGGCUCGAGUCAGAGCCAACCUGGCCAAGCCCAGACCUGCCUCACAAGAUGCCGAGGAUUCUGGGCAAUGA